AACGAGGCGGUCCCUGACCUUGAGCAGAGAAAGCAGUUAGAACCGGAUUUUCAGUGGUGGGGACGGCAGACGCUUAGUUCGCUGCUAUCUCUUUCGCAGUAAACAUCGUGCCAUACGCGCCUUACUAAAAACAUUAUUUCUCGUGAUAUAUACGUGAAGUGCCAAUUUCAUAGUAUUUAAGUACCGUAAGUUUAGUAAAACGUGUUACGUACCGUUAUAACAGUGUGUAUUUUACAAUUUAUAUAUACUUAGUAAAUAUUUUUGUUAUAAAUUUGUGAAUAGUGUCGAGAUGGGUGACAACAGAAAAAGCAAGGUCGGUGGUAAAAUUUUACACAGCCAAGCUAGAGAAAUAAUUUUUAACUUGUACACUUUUAUGAAAAGGGAAGCAGAACAAGGGCCAAUAUUAUUAAAACAAGUUCAACAGCGUGUAGCAGAGGCCACAGGAAUUUCUAAAACUAGCGUAAAAAGAAUUGUGAGUGAAGAAAGAACCGCGCCGAGAAAUGGUCCACGUUUCUCAACUCCCAGAAAAACAUGGUCGAAAAAAAUUAAAAAAACAGCUGUUGACGACUUUGACAAGACUGUUAUACGGCGGACUGUUCAUGAAUUCCACAGAAUAGACGGUCAGCGACCUACCCUAAAAACUCUUCUUCCGGUAUUAAAAGAAAAAAUCGGGUUUAGAGGAGGAAUAUGGACUCUGAGACAAGUUCUCAAGGAACUUCAGUUUAAAUGGAGAAAAUCUACAGAUAACAGAAAACUUUUAAUAGAAAAACACGAAAUAAGAGAACACAGAGUUCGUUUUAUUAGAGCUAUAAAACGUUACAGAGAAGAGGGUCGACCAAUUGUUUAUACGGAUGAGACUUAUGUCCACGCUUCGCACACAAAGCCCCACUCAUGGUCAGAUGGCAGCAACAAAGGCCUCUUAACACCUAUUUCUAAGGGCGAAUAUGGAAUAAUUGUUCACGCAGGUAAUGAGAACGGAUUUAUCGACAAUGCAUUGUUGGUGUUCAAAUCAGGCCAAAAGUCAGGUGACUAUCAUGAUUGUAUGAAUUUUAAAAAUUACAAAAAAUAUCUACAAGAAAAACUUAUUCCAAAUUUACCACCAAAAACCGUCCUUGUGAUAGACAACGCAUCAUACCACAAUAAACAACUAAACCCCGCACCUACCAGCAAUUCCAAGAAAGCAGAGAUAAUUCAGUGGCUAGUUAACCAUAACAUCCCGUUCCAUGACAAAAUGCUUAAAACAGAACUCUAUCAGAUUGUGAAGCUUAAUAAGAACCCGCACAAAAUGUUUGAGAUUGAUUCCAUACUUGCAGAACACGGUCACUCCGCUUUGCGCCUCCCUCCUUAUCAUCCCGAUCUUAACCCGAUAGAAAUGAUAUGGUCACUGAUAAAAAACCACGUUGCCCUGAAAAACACGACCUUCAAAUUAAAUGACUGCAUCAAGCUAGUGAGAGAAAAAGUCCAAGAUAUUACAAAAGAGGAAUGGGCGAAGAGAUGCCAGCACGUUAUAAAUAUUGAAAAAAAGUAUAUGGAACAUGAAGUAUCUAUUGAUGACAUCACAGAAUCUUUCAUCAUAAAUCUAGAAGCCGGCAGUAGUGAUGACGACAGUGGAAGUGACAGUGAACACUCUAGCCAUAGAGAAGACAGUGGCGGUGAAAUGAGUGGAGUGGAAGUGCUUGAAUAACAUAAAUGACAAGUAAGUGACGCAAUUAAUUUAUUUGCUUAUUAGGUUUAAUAAAGAAUAUUUUAUUUUGCAAUUCUAAGAUAAUGAAACGUCAAUAGUAAGUAUUGAUAAUAAUAAAUAUAUAGAAAAAUACAGCAAGUCUCUUUCAUAUUUUUAUGAUAUAAAAAUAAUGUACAUUAACUUUUCAUGACAAUAUAAACUAAUAACAUACAGUCAGACAGACAAUAUUAUAUAUUUAUGCUACUAGCUAACGUGUUGCUCAAAAUCGAACAAAAGUGAAAUGUGUAGUUAAAUACUAAAAACCAAACAUUUAGUAAACAGCUGUUAAAUUGUAGUUAGUAGACAUCGAUAUAAAAAUUGAAUUUAGUUUGAUCCAAUGUCGAAGGAUAGCGUCACUGUAGACCUUUACUGUAUUAAAGUGAUACUGUGAUACCCGUACUGUUGUUAAAGUUCUAAGAAGUAUUAGCAAAUCUAGGUAAAGAUACCUUUAAUUUGACACCUCAAACGUUAAUAUCUAUCAAGCCGUUAUCGAAUAUUAUGAUUUCGAAGAAAACCCCCUAGCGUAUCAAUACAACGCUCCUACUGGGCUAACUUUUCUUCCUAGAGUAGUACAUCACUGGGCCGCUAUCAUACACUUCCCCUCCACUGGCGAGCUAUCCCACCAUUACCCGCCUCUUCCCCUACUCAGGGCUCAGCUCGUUACUCACGUCCUCUA